AUGGCAGGACGGUCCUUUCAACACCUUCUUAGCUUUCUUAUGCUUUUGCUGCUAUGUGCCAAACCUGGCCUGGGGAAUGUUACUGGCUGCAUAGAGAGGGAGAGACAAGCUCUCCUUCACUUCAAACGUCGCCUUGUCGAUGACUAUGGCCUUCUUUCUUCUUGGGGAGAUGAACAUGACAACAGAAAUUGUUGCAACUGGAGAGGAGUCCAGUGUAGUAACCAGUCAGGUCACGUCAUCAUGCUUCAUCUUCAAGCCCCUUGGUCUGAAAAUCUUUACCAGUCUCUGAGGGGUGAGAUAAGUCCUUCGCUGCUUGAAUUGGAUCACUUGACUCAUUUGGAUCUCAGCUAUAAUGAUUUUGAAGGGAGUAGCAUACCUCCAUUCCUUGGUUCCCUCAGCAGAAUGCAGUACCUCAAUCUCUCUCAGGCCAAUCUCGCUCAAACUGUUCCCACUCAACUGAGGAAUCUUUCCAACUUGCUUUCCCUUGAUCUCAGCGAUAAUUAUUUGAAUUUUGGGAACCUUGAGUGGCUUUCUCGUCUUUCUUCUUUAAGACACCUUGACCUGAGUUCUGUCGACCUUAGUAAAGUCAUCCACUGGUCCCAAGCAAUUAAUAAACUCCCUUCUCUCAUUCACUUGGACUUACAAAAUUGUGAUCUCCCUCCCAUCCCUCCACUCACCAUUCCGUCUCUUUCCCAUGGGAAUUCCUCUGUCCCUCUUGUUUUCGUUGAUCUCUCUUCGAAUCAUCUCACUUCUUCAAUAUACCCAUGGCUGCUCAACUUUAGUACCACCCUCCUUCAUCUUGAUCUCUAUUUCAAUGAUUUAAACGGUUCGAUUCCGGAAUAUGCUUUUGGGAACAUGAGUUCCCUUGAAUAUCUUGAUCUCCAGUGGAGUGAACUUGAUGAUGAAAUUCCGGAUACAAUUGGAGACAUGGGUUCGCUUGCAUAUCUUGAUCUCUCUGGCAAUCAACUGUGGGGCUCAAUUCCAGAUACAGUUGGGAAGAUGGUUUUACUUUCACAUCUUGAUCUCUCUGGCAAUCAAUUGCGGGGUUCAAUUCCAGACACAGUUGGGAAGAUGGUUUCACUUUCACAUCUUGAUCUCUCCCGCAAUCAACUGCAGGGCUCCAUUCCAGAUACAGUUGGGAAGAUGGUUUUACUUUCACAUCUUGAUCUCUCUGGCAAUCAAUUGCGGGGUUCAAUUCCAGACACAGUUGGGAAGAUGGUUUCACUUUCACAUCUUGAUCUCUCUCGCAAUCAACUGCAGGGCUCCAUUCCAGAUACAGUUGGGAAGAUGGUUUUACUUUCACAUCUUGAUCUCUCUCGCAAUCAACUGCAGGGCUCCAUUCCAGAUACAGUUGGGAACAUGGUUUCUCUUAAAAACCUCUAUCUCUCUCAGAAUCAUCUUCAAGGACUGCAACUCUUGUUCUUGCCAUAUUAACAUGGUUGAAUGCAAAUCGUUGUCCUUCCUUCUAUGAUUGAUUUUGAGAUGUAAUAGGUUUCUUGUUUUAUUUUGAGGAUUACUUAUGUUCUUUAGAUGCAUAUUUUAUAUUUUAUUCAGAAAUUUGUGUGACAUAUAAUCUCUUUUCUUCCUUACACAAUGCUUUUAUUUGGUAUUUGGAUACUUUAUGAUUCAUCCAAACAAUAUUAUAGAAGGAUAUCAAAGGUAUAUUAGAGUCCGACUUUCUACUUUUAAAAA